CAGCUCGUCGCGUACCCCUUCUCUUUGGCGUGGUGCCGUUUAGUGUGUGUCUUGUCUCUUGCCGCCUUCAUUAACAAAGCCAACGCCAGCGAGGAAGGUUCGCUUUUACGUGCUCUCGAACUCGUGUUCCAACGUUUGCCAUAAUACCAUCCAACAACAAAAAAACGAAAGGCGAAAACAUUACGGUGCAAGAUGGCUCUCAACUGUGGUCAUUCGACGAUUAAGUAUCUGCUCUUCAUCUUCAAUCUCCUGUGCUCGCUAUGCGGUAUUGCACUGGUCGUGAUUGGUGCCGUUUCGCUGGUAAAGCUAGACGAGAUCCGUGAAAUCAGCGAUGAGUACAACAUCAUUGCCCCCUCGGUGCUGCUCAUCGUGUUCGGUUCUGUCGUGUUCAUCAUCGCGUUCUUCGGAUGUUGCGGAGCUAUUCGCGAAUCUUACUGCAUGACAUCGACCUACAGCUUCUUCUUGAUUCUGCUUGUAAUUGCCCAAAUUGUCAUCGCAGUGCUGGUGUUUGUCUUCAUCGGAGAUGUGAAGAUCGCUAUCCAGAAGGGCUUCGAGCGUAUCUUCAACGAACGCGAUAACAAACUGAACGCCGAUCUCAUUGACACGAUUCAAUCCAGCCUGGAAUGUUGCGGCAAGUCUAGCUUCUUGGACUGGGGAAUCAACUUCCCGCAAUCGUGCUGCAGCUCUGGCGGUACCGCACCCGUCUGUGUGCCCUACACGCACGGUUGCGUUAGCCGGCUUUCCGAAUUCCUCGAAAGUGCCGGUAACGUCGUGGCUUGGGUUUCCAUCGGUGUCGCCGUGGUUGAGCUGCUCGGACUCAUCUCGGCCUGCUGCUUGGCCAACGCCAUCCGCAACUCGGAGAGAAGAUACAGCUAAGCUGUGCAGUUGGAAAAGAGGGAACUGAUGGUGUCAAGCUAUUACGUCCCCUCAUUUUCACGGUCGCUGAGCGCGACAUUUGAACGUACAUUACCUAGCCUGUAACCUCAGCUAUGUGCUUUGAUAUGAUUCUUUACAUUAACGCGUGAUGUGUCGUUGCUGAGAAAGACAAAUAUUCGAUCCAGUAGUAGUAGUAGUGUUUGUCCUGGGAAGCUUACGCACCAUCUCACACUCCAUCCAAGAUCCAUCCCACCUACUCUCGAUCAGUUCCAGAGGCAACUUCAAACUCUAUCCCCCUCAACCCACUAGCAUCGCACACAAGCAGCAAAGCAAACAACAACUACAGUCCAGCAUUGACAAAUUGGAGCAAAACCGCUUACAGGAUUAGCGAUCAGCUGCUACAACCGGUACAAAUGCUUACUCACGUACACGCACUUAAACGCACAUACACAUCCUUAACGCAGACGCACGACGCAACAAAGGACACGCGUCGGAAGGACAGUCUCGAAUACAGAAAUUGCAUCUGUAGCUCAUCAGGAGAUCUGCGAAGCGAGCACAACCGAUGAUCAAGGAAGGCGUGUAUUUGUGUUUGUUGGGCGGGCGUUAGUUGGCGUGGGUGCUUCCGGCCUAGUCUCUGUAAUGCAGCUGCUUUCUUUGGACCUCAGCGUGCCUGUACUGUGCCCCGAUGGGUAUGCGAAUGGACGGUAUCAAUAGGGUUUAAACAAUCGUACAAAUCGUCUGUUAUAAAUGCUUCUGCUAACUUUAGUCAGUGGGUUAUUCGAAACAUACGCCUAUUUAAUCAUACUACUCCAUGUUACUUGUCCAAUUUUCUUGAUCCCGAGUAGAUAUCGAAUCCACGCGAAUUCCUCUCUCAAUCCUUCGUCGGCCGUCGUACGGAAGGACAGAACGUUUAAGUGAAAUCAAUUUUAAAGAUUUAAAAAUUAUUCUACCACCUUAUUGAAACGCCUAGAAUUUAAGAGCGAAGUAAAAGUUAAAAGGGAAAAAAAACAUGAAACAAUGGCCACGGAAUGGCCGGAACGUAAGGAUUCCCCCGAGUCUUCUUCUCGAACCGUAUCCCAUCUUGAGUAUCUGCGAGGGAAUCGCCAUGAAGAUAAAACAGAUUGAAUUAUCUCACAGAUAUGUUUACUAUAUUUAACGAGAGAAGGAAUAAUUUGAAAACGAAAGAAGGUUACCCAUUCCCUCCACUAAUAAUGCCCCACAUACAUACGACCUUUGUUGUGACUUUGUCCUUUUCGCCGCUUCACACAUGUACCCAACAACCAAUUGAACAGGCUGCCCUCGUGUUGAGGAGCAUAGAGCAUCAGCAUCAUGAUUGAUGCUUGAUCGUUGGCAUUUGUUGAAGUUUUUUGGAUGUUGACGACAACGGAACUACCUUUAAUGGGGGGAAAAUAUAUACAUAUAUACAUUA